AUGUCGUCACUUCCUCUAGACACUUUCAGUUCCGAAGAGAAGUUCAGAGUUUACACUAAAAUAUACCCUCUUGUUCCUGGCUUCGUGUUAGUCGCAUGGUAUAUCGAAAUUCCAAAUCUAAAAAGUCGUGUGUCUGAAUCUAAAAAGUCUGGAGGUAGCACGGCGAUUGAGGCUACUCAAAGCGUAAAAUGCCGUGGACAACACAUUCUUAUCAGCGAUCGCGGUAUACUGUUAUUAUCAGGUGUACUUUGUGAUCGUCAGAAAAUGGCACUAUCUACCGAAGAAGACAGUGUACUGGAUAUGCUCGACAAGGACGAACUUGUAGUUUCCAAAGAAGUGGGGACCGUUAAGGGACACCAGAUUAUUUAUUUUAGAAAGACCUUUGAAGACCUCCGUGUAUCUGAGAAGAUGAAAAAAGAUCACACAACCUACAUCGAUCAUGUUACUCAUGAACUUAUCGAUGCACACUGCUUUAAACCGAAGCAGCAGCCUCCACGGCGGGCUACACAUAAACAACCUUCUAAUUUCAAUAAGAGGAAGAGGACUAAGAGUGCAGAUUUAUUCAGGAGUUCACGGAGUAAUCGUAGUUUCGAUAUGGAAUGCAACGAAGUCCCUCCUGUGAAACAAGAAAAGACUCCGUCUGCAGCGCCCAAAUCACACAAAUCUACAGAGCAGAACACCCCUCAAGUUCCAGUCGAACAAUAUCAUUCUUCAAUGCCACUGACUCAAGAGAACCUUAAUGCACAUUCCGAAAGGCAUAAUAGCCAAGCCGGUCCGCUAACUCAUAGAAGUAGCCGUUCAAACCCGGACCUCGAGCGCAAUCACCACAAUAGCGUCCAAAUUAUUAAAUCUACAGACGGAAAUAAUAAAGUCAAAGCAGUACCUAGCGAAAGGUCUCAUUCGGAAACACCGAAGAUGGUACUUUUAUAUUCCGCAAAGUCAGAUCCUGGUGUUGACCCAGAAUCUGCUUCACGGCGUUCCGAUAUGAGUUCGUUGAACUCGGGCAGGCGUUCAUCGAAUGCAUCAUUGACCCCCAGACCUUCCGGUCCAAGCUCCCUGUCCAGAUUAAAAGACAGCUUUCAUCUAAAUGUAGGGCAUCAUGAUGUUAAUGUGCGUUAUGGGUCUAGUAGAAAGCAUCCAGCAUCAUCAUCUGACGACGACAAGGAAACGAUAGUUAACAUCAACGUAAAGGGACCGAGAUACCCGUCCAAAUCCAAGCAGGCUGCUGGCAUGGUUGCUUGA